UUUACAAAGGAGUAGUUUUUCAAAGAAAGAGAAGUUGAUAUAAAAGUCCGUGAAUAAAUAAAAAAAAAGAUCAAGUAAGUAUAGAAAAAAUAAAAAACGAAUUAAAUUAAGAAGAAUAAGAAUUAAAAUCAUUUUUUAAUGGUAUUUAAUAAUCUAAGGAAGAUCCAACAUUAAUAAGUACAAAACAAUGCAUUUAAAAAUAAAAAAUUAAUUAAAUUAGGAAAAAAGAAAUAUGAGGAAAAAAUGAAUGCUUAUAGAUAAGUAAUUGAAGAUUUAAAUUUAAAAUAAAUGGUCAAAAAUUUUUGGAGUUUUUAGCCACCUACACCAGAAGAAAUCGAAACUUUAAAUGAUUGCAGAUAAUUUACAAAGUAAAAUAUUUUCAAAUAUAGUUGUGCAGGAGUUUUCAUCACUUCGUGUGUUUCAUUAUAUAAUAAAAGAUAUUUAGGUUAUGGAAGUAAAUUAUUUGGGUUAUUUAUAGGUAUUUUAGGAGGAGCAUGCAUUGCUACAAAAUAAAUAGAAUGCAAUAAUUGCGGUGGUUUUUUUGAUGUAAUAAACAAUAUAUGCAUAGACUGUUAAGCAAAUUAAACAAUAUGCUAAACUCCAACCACAUGCAACGGAUAUUGGGGAGACUUUAAUCUUGAUGGAACAAGUGAAUGUAAACUAUGCAAUAAUAAAACUGAUUGUUUAACAUAAACAUGUGGAGGUUAAUGGGAUAUAGUUAAUGAUGAAUAUUGGAUUUUAAAUUAAUGUGUGAAAUGUGAUUCUGGAUACAAUUAAUGCACAAGUUAUAGCAAUUGCAAUGGAGAAUGGGAUGGAAUAAAUUCUAAAUGUACAAUAUGUAAUAAAGACUAAGCUACUUGUCAAGGUACAAUAUGUAAAGGAACAUGGAUUUCUAUAAAAUCUCAUUGUGAUAGAUGUAAAUUAAAUUAUUUAGAGUGCGAUAAAUGUUUAUUAAAUUGGAUACCUAAGUAUAAUUAAACUUGUUUAGAUUGUUAAGUUAGUUAAGCUGUAUGUGAAGAUACAGAUAAAUGCAAUGGAAUUUGGAAUAAUAAUAUAUGUACCAUUUGUAAUUCUAAUAUUGAUACAUGUGAAAAAAUAUGUUAACCAAUUAAAAAAAUGCUCCUUAAAUGGUAUGUUAAAGUUUCUGAUAAUACUUAAUGGUGUAUUUAUUGUUAAAGUAGUUAAUCUAAUUGUAAUGAUUGUGGUUAUUUUUGGGUUCCUGAUAAUAUUAAUUAUGAUAGUUCAGUAAAAACUUAAAAAUGUAUUAACUGUUCUUAAAAUGAAGAAAUUUGUACAAAUAAAAAAAAAUGCAAUGGAAUUUGGGAUGCUGAUUAUAUAUCUUGUACUCCAUGCAAUGCUUCUUAAAUUAUUUGCUAGGGAAGUAUAUGUUAAGGUUAAUGGAAUACAGCAAACUUAUUAUGUAAUGUAUGUGGAAAUACAAAAUCAGAAUGCUAACUUUGUAAUAAAUAAUGGGUUGUUGAAUAAUGUAUUUAUUGUCAUGCUAAUUAGACUGUUUGUCAAAAUGCUAAUACUUGUAAUGGCUUUUGGAAAAAUUCAGGAGGAAUUUUAUGUUUAGUAUGCAAUGAAUCUGCUGAUACAUGCAAAUAAUGUGGUAGAUAAUGGCUUAAUGAAAGAUGUUAUAAAUGUGAUACAAACUCUACUAUUUGUGAAGUUUGGAAACUUGUUUAUUCAAGUCCUUUUUGGACAGGAAUAAAAUGUGUAAAUUGUGAUCAUAGUGAAUUUAUUUGUAAUAAAGACUGUUUUUAUGUUUGGGAAUAUAAUAAAUGUAAUACAUCAAAAUCAUGUGAUAUUGAUAAAUAUUCAUGCGAAGUUUUAUGUAAUCAUAGAUGGAAUUAUUAUUUAAAUAUAUGUGAUAGAUCAAUUGUAGAAAAUUAAAAUGUAUGCUAUUUUAGAGAUGAUGGCAUCAUAAUAAAUUCACAAUGUAUUUAAUGUCACUAAAGUGAAGAUUCAUGCACAAAAAUCUGUAACAAAGCUUAUACUGAUAAUCCUUACAAUGAAACUGCAGCAACAAGGGUUUGGUUAAACAACAAAUGUACAAAUUGUUAAUAAGACCAAAUUACAUGUGAAACUAUAUGUAAAUUAAAUUGGAUAACAUAUAUAGAUUAAAAUAGCGCAACUAAAGGAAGUUGUAUAAAAUGUCGAGCAGACUCCUAAAGUUGUGCAAUGUGUGGAGGUCAAUUCGACUCAUCAGAUUCCACAAACUGGAAAUGCACAAACACCUAAUUCUAUUGUAAUUAAACAUCGAGUAUAUGUUCUGAAUGUGCUUUUAUGCCUUAAAGACAAUUUAGUUAUAAAGCAUCUAAAUGUUAUUAUUGUUAAUAUAAUAAAACUAUAUGUGAACUAAACUGUAAAAGUUAAUGGCUAGAUGCCUUUUAAUAAUGUGAACUUCUAACAACCGUAAAUUGGUGUUUAUAAUCAGACCGAGGAACCUGGGACUACGUAAAAAACGAGUGUAUAUACUGCAACUUAAGUCAAUCGAAUUGCCUGUAAUGCAAUCCAAGCAAUCUCUGGAUAAACACUACUCCAACUCUCCCUAAAUAAACAAUGGAAUGUGUCAAUAUAAAUUUAAAUGAAUAUUAUUGUUCUUUAGCCGGCCCAAAUUACGGUUGGGUUAAUGAUACAGUUUCUGGAGUAGAUACAACCACAGGAAGAUGCUAACUAUGUUCCAUAAAUUAAAUAAUGUGCGAAAAUGUAUGCAAAUACUCCUGGAAUGGUAGUACAUGUAAAAGUUGUAGCUUAGAUGCUAUUGCUUGUGCUGAUUGUGGGCUUUCUUGGGUCUAAUAUGAAGGUGUUUAUUAAUGUAUAGACUGCAAAGUUAGUUAGAUUGUUUGUGAGGUUAAAUGUUCUAGUUUAUGGAUUUCUAAUAAUUGCGUAUUUUGCAGUCUUAAUACCACUAUUUGCCAAGAUUAAUGCUUCGGACGGCUUAUUAAUUCUGUUUGUAACUUAUGUAAUAAAAGUAAAACUAUUUGCGAAUAAAAUUGCAAGUAUUUAUGGAAUGAAUCGCUUUAAAAUUGUUAUUAAUGUAAUUCUUCAAAAAUUAUUUGUGAAAAUAACUGCAAUUAUAAAUGGGAUAGUACCAAACCUUCUUAAAAUUGUAUUAUAUGUAACGAAAGUAAAGCUAUAUGUGAAGAUAGUAGCAAAUGUAAUGGUUUUUGGCUUUCUUCUAAUAUAUGUACUUAAGAAAAAUGCAACCAAGACUAAAUAACAUGUGAACUGAAGUGUAAAAUGUUCUGGAAUCCCUUUGAAUCAACUAUAAAGUGUUUAAUAUGUAGACCUUCUGAAUAUUUAGAAAUCUCAAAAUGCCUUAAAUGUGAUGAAAUAUAAAAUGGAGCAGAUUGUGCCUCUAAAUGUUCCACUAAACAAUAUUUUUACGACUAAUCGGACCCUUCUAAGAAAAUAUGUCGAACAUGUAAUACUAAUGAAUAUUGGACAGGUAAUUCUUGCAUAAAAUGCUCUACAAUAAAUUCAAAUUGCAUUAAAUGUUCCUCACCUUUAAUUUGUUUGGAAUGUGUUUCAGCUUUUAUAGUAGAUUCUGUCGACUAAAAAAAAUGUGUAUGCGCAAAUACUACUGAUGUAUAUAGAAUAUAAGACUCUGAUCAAUGUUUGUUAUGCUCCGAAAUAUUAGCUGGCUGUUUAGAAUGCACAAGCAAAACUACAUGCAAAAAAUGCCAAAUCGGCUAAAGUUUAGACGGAAAAAUUUGCAAAUAGAAAUUUUUCUUUUAAGCAAAUAUUUAAUAUGGAACGGCUUUUGUAACUGAUUUUUUAGUCAAAAUAAUCUAUCCCAAUUAAAAUACAGAAGAUCCUGGUUUUAAUUUAGAUAGAUUUAAUGCCCAAAAUUUCGAAAAUAGUAUCCUUUUUAAGGAAAAGCUCUAAAAAGAUAAUGAAUAUUCCAUAAAACUCCCUUCUGGAAAGCCUAUUUUAGUCCCAUAAAUAAUAAUUUUCGAUGUAAAAAAACAAUAUGAUUAACUAGACUUAUUUGCUAAAUUUUCUACCUAACUAAUAGACCUUUUAGACCCAAAAGAUUUUUAUUACAAAGCCUAUUCUAAUGAACUCUAAAACUACUAUAAUGCAUAUUGCUGUUCCAUAUGCCCUAAAGGAAUUACUCCCUCAAUUCCAAAUUGUAAAUGUUCUGAAAACGAAAAGCUUUUUGACUGUUCCGGUUUUUCUGAGGAAAACUUCAAUUCUUUUAAAAUUUUAAGAAAUGAAGAAGAUCCAGACGAUUUUAAAAAAAUUUUCAAAGAAAAAUCCAUUAAUAAUGAUGUUUAAGUAAUUCGAACUUUCUAUAAUUUAAAUCCUUUUGCAUUUGGUAAUAAUACAAUAGUAAAAUAUAAAAGCUAUUCAUAUGUAGAAUUUAAUAUAUAAAAAAUCUCACCAGUUGGAACUAUUUAGUAAGGAGACGUCUUAAUGGACAUCGAAGUUACUUUUCCAGUCGAUAUCAUAAAAUAAAGCAUGAAAUGUGUCCAAAGAGAAGGAAAUGUACUUUAAUUAUGUUCAUAAACUACUUAUGAUAAAGCUAAUAUCGCAGUUGUUUGUACAUGCAAAAAUUCAGCGACUUUAAUUGAAAAACUAGUACUUUAUGAAAAAGAAGUAAAAACAGUAGAAGAGAAUAAUAAUUUAUUUAUUAUUAUUAUUGCGGCUAGUGUAGGAGGAUUUGUGGUUUGUGUUUUUAUUAUGGCUUUUAUAUAUUUGAGAAAAAGAAUAGGAAAGGAUAAAUUUAAAAUUCUUAAAAAACAAAGCGAUGGAACAAGAGCUAUAGACCCUAAUAUUUCUUUAAGCAAAUAUUCUUUUAGUGAAAUCAGAGAUAUUGAAAAAGAUUAUAGAAAAAAAUAAAAAUGA